UUAAGGUUAAAGUACAAGAUGUGUAUUUUCCGCUUAGAAUGGCUUCCAGGCUUAUUAGAUCGAAGGCGACCGUAACGGGGCUUCGUUCUGUACAAAAUCUUAGUUCUUUAGCUGUUCCCUCGACGCUUGAACAAGUUCCUGAGGAUUCUGAAAUUAAGUCUAAGUGUAAAAUAUUUGCUUCUGAUGAUUGGAAAUGUGUUGAUAAUGCCGUCAAAAGGAUUUUCAAGGAUGAAGACUUGUUGACUUUUCAAGGGGAAUUUUUCAAAUUGCAUCAAAAUGUAGAGAACAUACUCCGUUCUAAAACAGGGACUUUCCUCUCUGACUGCUAUAAAGAAUGGAUUACAAAAGAAAUGAUUCCUGUAAUUGGAAAGCUGAAAAGACUUGAUAGAUCAACUUUUCUGCAGAGACUAGAGGAUGUAUGGAUUUCCUUUUACUCCAAAACUUUACCAUUACUGGAAGCAAUAUUUUAUCAAGUAAAACCGAAAGGAAGACUAUCUAUUCGAUGUACGACACUGGUUGCUUUCCGAGAUGUUAUUCUCCUUUCUUCUGAUAUUGAAGAAGCUGUUCCUGCCUACGGAGCAGAUGUAUCGCCUGAAAUCCGAAGAAUGAUCUUAUUACUGCAAAAUGUAAAUGAUUCAUAUCCGCCAAGUAAAAAUAAAAUUCGAAUGGAAUCUUUAGCAGCACGUAUAUGUAGUCCUUUUAUGGGAUAUAUGGGAAUGUACCAAAAAGGAUACCUGGUUGUGACAUCUAGUGAACCAAUGCAUGCAGCUAGACGAAGGCCCAGUGCCGUGGAAGUUGGAGGACCUAGAAGGAUUUCUCGCCCAUUUAGUGUGCAGCCACAUCAAAUGGACACUCUUAAUGAACUGUUCAAAACUGCCGUUCGGCAUCAAGAUCGAAAAUAACUUCCACUGAUUCUUCCUCUUCUAACAUAUUUUUGUCAUAAUUUUGUUAAUGUUCUAACGUGUAUAAUGAGAUUGUUAAAAUUGUUAA